AAUGACGGCGAAGGGGUCCUGAAGUUCGCCCGGCUGAUCAAGUCCUACGAGUCGCAGGACCCGGAGAUCGCCAGCAUGUCGGGCAAGCUCAAGGCCAUGUUCCUGCCGCCCAUGACGCUGCCGCCACACGCGGCUGGGACCGGGGGAGAACAGGCGGAGUUCGGGACUGUGCCUGUGCGGAUCAGACACAGGUGA